AUGUCAUUAAACACCAACUUGGUCUGUUCUGGAAUUUCAAUUGUAAAACUUGUGAAGUCGGAUUCCAAAGAACAAAUAUUAAAUGACCCUCCCUUUGGAAAAUUUGAUGUGCAAUCUGUUUGGAAAGAAAAAGACAUGACAUUUACUUUAGCUGUUUGUGAAAUUGUACAUCCAAAAAUAUCUGAUAGUGAUAAUACUCUUCGAAACAGUUAUGAAAAAUAUUGA